CAACAGCAGCUUGUAUUGAAGGCCGCAUCGGAUCAAAUCACACUUCCCCUUCGUGUAGUAUCGACUUGCGUCUUUCCCUCCGAAUUUAUCAUGCCUCGGGAUCCCUACCCUUUUCCAAGGCUUCAAAAUGACACAGACUUCACCGGCUCUCCCGCAAAGCAGGUCGGGGUGACGACGAAAAAUCACACUCGCUCGAAAAGUGCAGAAGGAAAUGCUCACGACCGACUCUAUCAGACUGCUACGCUAAGUAGUUCACGGAGAGAAGUAUUUUACUUUGACCCACAGGCCCCCCAGGACAGCCUAGACUUUGUAAUCAAGUCAACCUAUGAUAACCACAAUGAAUUCCUGAGAUCAGCCGCCGAGACACUCGUACAACCGGAGACCAUUGGACUCACCCAGGGCCGAGUGCUUAAGAAUCGCCCACCCCCACCAGACCCUGAGAUUGACAUGUACAAAUUGCCGCUCACAAGGAGCACAGCUAUUAAGAAGGAGAACAUUAACAGCAUCAAUGGAGCAAUCGAGAGCCACCAUAGUGCUGCUACAAAUGGAGGUUACUCACGGAAGCAUGAUGGGGGAUUUUAUACCUGCUGAGUCCUUACUAGAUGAUUGUAAUAUAAGUUAUUUAUCAUAUUGCAAAAAGCAUGGGUGUGUGAAUAUGAACAUGGGGCUAAGAUCGAUGAUGAAUUUUAGGAUUGUUACCAACUUUUUAAACUAUUUUUAUCUUUUAUUGUAUAAAAUCUAUAUUUGCUGAUCAUUAGAUAUAGCUCUGAUGUUACAUUUGAAUACAAGAAUAGUUUCUUUUAAAGAAAAAAAAAAUAAAAUUGAUGAUUUUGAAA